AUGCAGCCACCAGAGAUGAGCAUCGAGAGUGAUGUAGUGGAGGACUUCUUCCAAGCUAGGAGGAAACAAGCCGAGGCUCGUGUUGAGAGAUGUAUAUUACGUGUCCAGGAAAUGUUUCGUUCAAUGAAAUCGGCGCCGCCUUUUCCUUCCCAGCUCGAGAGGUCCCUCUCCCUCUUCCCCCGACUUUUGCUCUGGCCUCCACCUAGAUUCAAGAAUGCUCCGGCUUCCACCGCCUCCUCCUCCUCCUCCGCCCACCACCACGAUUGUUGUCGCCUCCUCCCCCACCACAACCUCAGCAAACCCGUGAACCACCAACAUCAAGCCAGAGUUCACAAACCCGUGAACCCACACCCCACAUCAUCUACCAUCUCUUCCUCGAAUUCCCCUCAAACCCAUGAACCCAAACCUGAAUUGCAAGCCCUAAUUCGAGAAGUCUCUAUAAAUUCUUCUGCUCAUUCUCGCUGGAAGCAUAGUAUUGGAAGUGAUGGUAGAAAUAAGGAAAAUAAAGCCCGCAUUCAGAGGAUUAUUGCAGCUGGAAAGGCUCUUGCAAAUGUGGUCCGGAUUGGGAAGGAGGUUAUUGUCUUUAAGUCAUCUAAGACUGAGAAGCAUGUGAGUGAAUUCGCUUCAAAGUUAACUUCUUUAGAGGUUCCUACUUCCACUGUUGGUGAUGGGUUCUUAAACCUGGCAACUUCAUCUGCUCAUACACAUAAAAAGAGCACAGAGAACCCUCUUGCCGUCUCUCACAGCAGAGAAGAAUCAGAGGAGAAAAUGGCCAAGUCGAAGAAUCACACAGCGCACAAUCAGUCACACAAAGCCCAUAAGAACGGCAUCAAGAAACCCAAACGUCAUCGCCACACAUCCACCAAAGGGAUGGACCCGAAGUUCUUGAGGAACCAGAGGUAUGCAAGGAAGCACAACAAGAAGAGCGGUGAGACUGCCACCGAGGAAGAGUAG